AUGUCCAACAACAAUUGCAGCUCUGAAAACUACAGCUCUCCCUCCCUUGAGAAUUCAGAUUGUGCUCCUGUCACCUCAGCCAGUGCUCUCUGCUCCACUGACGUGAGCUGUGGAGAAGCCCUCUGCUCUCCUGGUGGGAACCUGGGCAGCAACGCGCUCCAGGACAGAUGCCAGGAUCCCUGCAGUGAACACACAAGCUGCCAAUCAACCAGCUGGGAGAGGGUUACCUGUAGCCCUUCUGGCUCUUCUCCAGUUGUUUCCAAUGUGUCUGCAUCUCAGCAAGGAACUAGCUGUCUUCCUAUCACAUCUUGUGGUUCCAGUCUCUGUCUUCCAGCAUCCAGUAGACAACUUUCGAACUGCCAUUUUCCAAGUUACCAGUCCUAUGGCUACCAACCCCUGCACUACCCGACCUUCAGCCGACCACUGGGUUACCUUGGCUAUGAUCGUCAGGCAUUGAGAUAUCUGACCUGUGGAUGCCAACCUCUCAGCUGUAUGUCUGACUGUUGCAGACCUAUCAACUACACAUACAGCAAAUUUCAACCAUACUCCUCUUCCUUGAGUGGCUGGAGGUACUCUUAUUAA